AUGGAGAGCCUGAGUGAACUACAGAACCCCCUGCUGCCGAGGAGCCCCACUCACCUCCACGGUUCCUACCCCUACACGGAGGCCCCAGCCAGCUGGUCCUGCCAAGAGAAGCUUUAUUCCUACCUCCUAGGAGGUGCUGGUCCCUCUCGUACCCACCAGCUCCUAGACCCGGGGUCCCUACAGCUGGCCGUGGAGGCUUGGUAUCGGCCCAGCUGCCUCCUGGGGAAGGACAAGGUCAAAGAGCCCAAAGCAGGCAGCUGUGAGACCAGCUUCACCGAGGCCAGGGAGCCUCCAGUGGGGCCCACGGAACAGGGCUCAGAACCUGGUCAAACUGAGGAGGAUGUCACCAUCCACACUGUGUCCUAUGGAGUUCAAGAGGAGCUGCAGGGCCAGGAGGACAGCCAGGAGGAGGAGGAGAGUGAUGCAUCCUCGACGGAGAGCGAAAGUGAAGACACCUUCCUCACCCUGCCUCCCAGGGACCACUUGGGGCUUACUCUCUUCUCCAUGCUGUGCUGCUUCUGGCCGCUGGGUAUCGCUGCCUUCUACUUCUCCCAGGGGACCAGCAAGGCCAUCUCCAAAGGGGACUUCCGCUUGGCCAGCACCACUUCCCGCCGGGCCCUCUUCCUGGCCACCCUCUCCAUCGCUGUGGGGGCCGGUCUCUAUGUGGCUGUGGUGGUCGCUCUGGCUGCUUACAUGUCCCAGAAUGGCCAUGGCUAG